AAAUCCACAAUCAUCAGCGUGAUAUGGCCAACAUCUCAAUGUUUUUAUAGCCAGAUAUGAGUAGAUUCAUGUUCAGCAUUGGAAUGAAGUUGUAUUACGGCCAAGAUGUUAUGGACCACUGAUUUAAUUGAAGCAUCAGUAAGGGCUAGCGACAUAGCUGUUGUAGUUGAGGUCUCUCCCCGAAUACGUUUUUUCAAUGCUUUGUUAGUUACCGCUAAAUAGGUAACUGGAACGUCCGUAAGCGAACCGUGCGAAAAUAUUGUAAAUAUUCUGUAAGAAGUUGUGACAUUUGAUUCCGCAACAUUUUAAUAGCUGUCUAUUAGCAGUCGGGGAUAUGCACGGGCAUGUCCGUGUGGCAGCUUUUAGUGGUUCACUUAGGAAGGAACAGGGCGAGAAAAAGGAGAACCCCAUGCGUGAGCUUCGCAUCCGCAAGCUCUGUAUGAACAUCUGUGUUGGGGAGAGUGGUGACCGACUGACCCGUGCUGCUAAGGUGCUUGAGCAGCUGACAGGACAGACGCCUGUCUUCUCCAAGGCCCGCUACACUGUGCGAUCCUUCGGCAUCCGCAGAAAUGAAAAGAUUGCUGUCCACUGUACCGUACGUGGAGCUAAGGCUGAGGAGAUCCUGGAGAAGGGACUCAAGGUGCGUGAGUACGAGUUGAGGAAGAACAACUUCUCCGACACUGGGAACUUCGGCUUUGGCAUCCAGGAACACAUUGAUCUGGGAAUCAAGUACGACCCCAGCAUCGGUAUCUAUGGACUGGACUUCUAUGUUGUCCUUGGCAGACCUGGCUUCAGCAUCGCUGACAAGAAGCAGAAAACCGGUCGCAUCGGUUUCAGGCACCGUAUCCGCAAAGAGGAGGCCAUGCGCUGGUUCCAGCAGAAGUAUGAUGGGAUCAUCCUCCCCGGGAAGUAAAGGAUCACCAUUGGCCUUGUUCAUAACAAUAAAAUUUUAAAAAUAA